ACAGUUAAUCGCGCGACUUUUGAACGCCUGCACCGUAUGCCGAGAGUUUGGCACGCAACGAGCAAGUUUCCCACCAUUGACAGCAUCUUGUUGGAAUUUUGUUUUUUUUUACUGUUUUGUAUUAUUUUGUUUUAAUUUUUUGUUUGAAAGUGGGCAUUGAUUGUGUUCACUUGUGUAGACUGGCAUUUAGCAAAUGUAACUGUGCGAAAAAGCAAUUAAUUCGCCAACCAAGUGAGACCCCAACUCAAUUACAAUCUAUCAGAUAAAUACGUACUGAUUUAUACUACAGACUCGUCUCAGCGAGUGCAUUUGCAUGUGUGAAAAUUAAUAUUUAAAUGUGCAUUGUCUGAGUUCGUCGUCUGCAGCAAAUACGAGCAUAAAUCUCUGGAAACAAUGAGAUUAUCAUUGAUAUUGUGCAUGCUGAGCGCGGCGCUGUGCUUGGUGACCGCCUUGGGGCAGCCCACGUCCCCCACAAAAUCAUCGGCCAGUGGCUAUCCCAAGAAGGUGACCACACUGAAGAAGCGACCCACAAAAACGCCUGGUAUCACAACACUGGGCUCGUCCUCCUCAGCCAGCGGACAUCCACCCACAACAAAGCCAAGCAAACCGCGCGUCAAGAUUGCCAGCAAGACGACAACGACAAAGCCGCCAUCGCUGGCCGCUAGCUUUGGCAAUUUGCCCGCUGAUGAUCUGGAAUUCAUCAAAGAGCUGGACAAACAGUUCAAGCUGCACGGCAGCAAGAUCAAAAUCAAAGUGGAGCGUGAUAAUUCAACCAGCAGCAACGCCGACGGAAAGACCAGCAAGCGCACCAUCGACGGCGAAUUGGGCUAUGGCUACUCGCAUCAGGGAUAUGACUACACACCGCCCAAGUUCAUGUUCUACCCGUACUCGCAGCACGAUAUACCCGCCACGGAAUCGCCCGAUAUUUAUACGGGCUACUCGCAAGCGGAUUAUGAGCAGCCGGGAUCUGCACAUUCGGAGCAACAGGUGCCCAUUCAGCAUCAGCAGGUGACCAGCGUGACCAUUGAGCCCUCCUAUUCCUACGAACUGAAGCCACAAACCAGCUACGAAACACAUCAGAUGGCAGUGAAGGAGCCGCUACAUCCUCAUCCUCAACUCCACGCUGAGCAGCCGCAAAUUGAUUUACCCCAGUCGCAUCAGCAGACAAGCGGCCCGGGACUCGAUGCUGCUGGCUAUCAAGAGCCGGUUAUAAUCCUGCGCAUCCCGGGACCGGCGAAAUAUGCAGCGCAUUUGCAAACGCUGCUGCAGCAGUAUCUGGAAAUACGUGCAGCGCAAUAUCUUCAGCUGCUGCAGGAGGUGGAACAGCGCAAGCAUCAUGAUCAGCAUCAGCACGAGGAGCUGUCCCCACCGCAGUCCUAUGCCUCGGCUGAGCAACACCAGCCGGCCCACUAUCAUGCGGAUGUGGACUUUGCCCAUCAGGUGGCGGCAACACCGCAGCCCAUCGAGUAUGCGCCCAUUGACGAUGUGUACCAGGGCUACAAGGGUCGUCAUCAGUCGCAGCCGCAAUACGAGCAACCCGCUUCAGAGGAAUAUUACGUACCCACCAGCUAUCAGCAGCAGCAUCAGCAUCAACAUCAACAGCAACCAGCGUUCUACUACACUCAGCAGCAGCAUCAGCAGCAGGAGCAGCAGCAGCACGAGCAGCAGCAGGCGCAAUACGAGACAAGCUAUCAGCCUCAGCUAUAUCUAAUAGCGAUGGGACCGCAGCAUCAAUACGCCAAUGUGCCAUCGGCAGCGGGGCAGCAGCAACCCAUUUAUGUGCCAGAACAUGAGCCGGAGUCAGCUGGUCACGAGCAUGAGCAUGAGCUGCCCACCACCGAAAACAAUCCGCGACCCACACACACCAAGGUCAUCUUCAAGCCGCAAAACACGGGCGCUGACUAUGCUACCAACAUGUAUCCUAUGCCCGCCAUUCAAUCAUACGCCGAGGAGCACCACCAUCAGCAGCAACAGCAGCAGCAGGCGGAGAGUGGUCAUGCGGAUCAUGCGGCAACAACAGCUGCCGAUUAUCAGCCAUCGCAUGAGCCGGACGAGGCCAUGGCCAUUACGCAGCCGCCAUAUAAUUACCAUGCCCACGGCCUGAAGAUGCGACAAGGAAAGCGGGCGGCCAUCGCGGAGCAAACGGCCGAUCAUCAGCUGCAACAGAUACGCGAAUAUGUACGGGAGAAGCUCGGCGCCGAGAUGGGCUCGGCGGUUGAGUACAAGACGUCGCAGCUGCUGGAGGGUUAGAUAUUGUUAAUAUUAUUAUGUGUAUGUACCAUAUAACUACAUUGUUCGUUUAUGUUUGUCUGUUGUUUUCUUAUGUGGCCAGACAUGUAUAUUUCAUUAGUAUUUAUUCUGUGUUGGCAGCCCAACAAUUGAUUCCACUUGUUGGAAAGUAUAUCAGUUGCUUGCCUUAUUUUCAUCAACAAAUUCGAAUUCAUUUCGCGUUGACAUUAUAAUAUCUUUCACAUUCA